AUGGCGUCCACAAUAACAACGGUCCCAUCUCAUUCGCCUCCCACCAGCAAGCAUGAUCCGAAUUCAGAGAAGGGUGGCAGCGAGUUUCUCGAGGACUCAGAGAAUCAAGCCCAGGUUUCUUCUUCUGAACUAGCUGCUUCACGUCUAUCCGAGGCCCAUCGCGAAUAUCUUCUGCAGCGUCAUGGAACCUUGGAUUUGGAUCCUCUUCCAAGUGCGUUGCACGCUGAUCCAUACAACUGGCCGACAUGGAAGAAAGUUGCAAACCUUAUCCUUGUCGCCUUUCACGCAUGCAUGUCCACUUUCACGGCCUCUAUCAUUCCUGCGUACGAGGACAUAUCUAUCGACCUUAGUGUGUCUAUUCAGAGAGCUAGCUACCUUACUUCUCUCCAGAUCGCGAUACUGGGAGGCGCACCCCUGUUCUGGAAACCGUUGUCCAAUCGAUAUGGCCGUCGUCCGAUAUUCCUACUGUCAACCAUUCUAAGUCUAGUCUGCAAUGUUGGUUGUGCCAAAAGCCCAGACUAUGCCUCAAUGGCAGCAUGCAGAGCAUUGACUGCGUUUUUUAUUUCACCGGCAGCAGCUAUUGGAAGUGCAGUUGUAACAGAAACGUUUUUCAAAAAGGAACGAGGUCGAUAUUUGGGAAUCUGGACGUUGAUGGUCACUCUAGGAGUCCCAGUUGGUCCUUUGAUCUUUGGGUUCGUCGCAAAUCGCGCAGGAUAUCGCUGGAUAUUCUGGGUUCUUGCGAUAAUCAACGGAGCACAGUUCAUCCUGUAUAUCUUCUUUGGCGCCGAAACCCGUUUCAUCAGCAGUGAUCAAGACAACUCGUCAACAAGUUUCCGCAGCAAGUACCUCUCUUUUCGCCGAAUAGAUCCCAUGCCGCUGAAGUUCAGCGAAUUCUACCAUCCUCUCACGCUGGUCAUCCGUCCAACAGUUUUCGUUCCCGCUUUUGCAUAUGCCAUGGUCUUUUUAUUCGGCAGUGUUUUGAUCACCGUGGAAGUUCCCCAACUCUUGCAAGAGAAAUUCGGAUUAAACGCAGAACAGCUCGGGCUUCAAUUCCUCGGUGUCAUAAUCGGCACUAUCCUAGGCGAGCAAAUCGGAGGCUCCAUGUCCGAUGCUUGGAUGAAUCGUCGCACGCGCAAGCUCCAAACAAGGCCAGAACCAGAAUUCCGUCUCUGGCUUAGCUAUCCUGGUAUCGUCCUAGCUAUAGUCGGAGUUAUAGUGUUCUUGGUCCGCACGCAGCAGGCUCCUGAAGGACACUGGCAGGUUUCACCAAUUGUCGGCACUGCCAUCGCAGCAUUCGGCAAUCAACUUGUCACUACGGUAAUGGUCACAUACGCCGUUGAUUCCUAUCCCCAAGACUCUGGUAGCGUUGGGGUGUUUGUUACAUUCGUUCGACAGAUAUGGGGGUUUAUCGGGCCAUUUUGGUUCCCUGAUAUGUUCAGUAACGUCGGCGUUGCUGCGAGCUCGGGUGUUGCUGCUGCUCUUAUGUUUGUAUUUAGUUUUUUGCUGAUUAUUCCAGUUCAUGUUUCUGGGGCGAAGUGGCGUUAG